UACACAGCCAUCUUGGAUCUGCGAGGAGAGGGUAAAUUAAUGCGGUGACAAACGGAAUGUUCAGUGCAACGAGAAAGAAGUUUGUUGAGGGGGUCGACAGUGACUACCCUGAUGAGAGCAUGUACUAUGGCCAGCCAUCGAUGUUCCAACAUCGAUCGGAGAAAGACAUGCUGCCAUCACCCUCGCCGUCAUCGUCAGGUCAAUUGUCACAGCUUGGUGCGAGUUUGUAUGGUCCGCAAAGUACACUAGGUUUCUCAAUAAGAGGCAUGAACAACAACAACCCUCAACUUAACCGGAAUUUAACACAAACCACUCAGCUACCGAGCCAUAGCACCCCAACAACAGGCGUCCCAACAAUGUCCCUCCAUACACCACCUUCGCCGAACAGGGGCAUCCUGCCCAUGAACUCCAGGAACUUGAUGAGCUCGCAGGUAGGGCAGGGCAUGGGUAUGAGUGGCAGGACCAACAGCAUGGGCAGCUCGGGGUUGGGUAGCCCUAACCGAAGCUCCCCCAGCAUUAUUUGCAUGCCCAAGCAACAGCCAGCACGCCAACCAUUCACCAUUAACAGUAUGUCAGGAUUUGGAAUGGGCCGGAGCCAGGGGUUUGGAAUGAACUCCUUAUCCAAUAACAUCUUCAACGGGACAGAUGGGAGUGAAAAUGUGACCGGAAUAGACCUCUCAGAAUUUCCAGCACUUGCAGACAGAAGUCGGAGGGAGGGAAAUGGCAACCCAACACCAUUGCAUAAUCCGCUGGCAGGAAGAGCACCCUAUGUUGGAAUGGUCACAAAGCCAUCGAACGAACAGUCGCAGGACUUCUCCAUUCACAACGAAGACUUCCCAGCCCUACCCGGACCCAACUACAAGGACCCAACAUUGAGCACGGAUGAAAGCAAAUCAAGCUUGAACUCAUCAGGCAAGGUCAGCUCGAGUGCAGACGGACCCAAGUUUCCUGGCGACAAGACAUCAUCAGCACAGAAUAACAACCAGCAAAAGAAAGGGAUUCAGGUGUUGCCUGAUGGCAAGGUAACAAACAUUCCCUUAGGAAUGGUGACUGAUCAGUUUGGAAUGAUUGGACUCCUGACAUUUAUCCGGGCAGCUGAGACAGACCCUGGGAUGGUUCACCUGGCUUUAGGAAGUGACCUAACAACGUUAGGGCUCAACCUCAACUCUCCAGAGAAUCUGUAUCCUAAGUUUGCAUCUCCCUGGGCUUCGGCUCCAUGUCGACCGCAAGACAUUGACUUCCAUGUUCCUUCAGAGUACUUAACCAACAUUCACAUAAGGGACAAGCUGGCUGCAAUAAAACUAGGCCGAUAUGGAGAAGACCUGUUGUUCUACCUCUACUACAUGAAUGGAGGAGACCUCUUACAACUCCUCGCUGCUGUGGAGCUCUUCAAUCGGGACUGGCGGUACCAUAAAGAAGAAAGGGUUUGGAUCACAAGAGCACCUGGCAUGGAGCCCACGUUAAAGACCAACACUUACGAGAGAGGAACAUACUACUUCUUUGAUUGUCAUAACUGGAGGAAGGUUGCUAAGGAGUUUCAUCUGGAAUACGACAAGCUAGAGGAGCGGCCUCACGUGCCAACAACCUUUAACUACAAUCCAGCCCAGCAGGCCUUCUAAAGCUCCCUCAGCACCCGUGAGCUCUUGAAGCAAUCGGCAGAGACAGCCAGCUGACCUGCCUGACCACAAACCUGGUUUUAUUCCUCAACUGUCUGGACAAGGACUGU